AUGCAGUAUCCGGGCCCCGUUGGUGAAGCGGCCGGGUCGUCCGGAUCAUCGGCCGGGUCUAAGCAGCAGCAACAGCCUAGCCAGGCCAAACAAUUGCCUUGGGGCUAUGAGGAGCCCGACAACAAAGACGCCCAAAUCAAGGCACUGCAGCACCGCGUCCAAAUCCUGGAGCAGCAUUGCAAGGCCAAGGGCAUCGGCCUGCCCCAAGAGAAGGUCCAGCCCGCUGCCAAACCACAUCAACCCCAGUCUCGGCCAGCGGCCCCUAGCACGGGGAAGACGGCUGUUGGGUCGGGACAGGGCGGCUCCCCAGCCAAGGGGCCGCAGCAGCAGACGGCGGUCAGGUCUGACGCCAAGAUGGGAGCGCCGGCGACUAAGACAGCUGGACAGACUCCCGGUUCUACACGGUAG